GCCGUUGGGUGGUGAGGCUCAUGCUGUCCCUGUGGCCAUGCAGAUGAUUUAUGUAGAUGACUUGCAUUUAGUUGCAGCGGGCCCACAGAAGUAUCUUGUGCUUUGGAUGAUGCUUGCUGCUUAUGAAGCCGUCGGCACUCCUUUUGCCUAUCACAAGUUUAAGGGUGGGUUGCGAAUAGAUUUUAUAGGCUACCACUUGUCGUAUGAUUCGUGGUCCGCUGGACUGUCCGAGAAACGUUGCCGAUGGGUGGUCGAUUGGAUUGACCGCGCAGAGGCGAAUGGCUGGAUGGUGCUGGGUCGGCAUUUCAUCGAGCUGACUGGGCGGCUCACGUUUGUGGGUCAAGUGCUUAGGUGGCUGAAGCCUUUCUUGUCGCCACUUCACUCUUGGGCGGCGGUGCUGGCCCGGGGAACAGUUGCAAGGAUGCCUUUGCUAGUGCACAUCGCGUUGGUAUACAUCAGGUCACAACUUUGCAAGGGGCGUCGGCUCCUGCAACCUGCGCUCGCUCAAGCUGUCAAGCCGAAGCAGUCCUUUCGCACAGACGCUAAGUGUGCAGAUGGAUAUGUGGUCUUGGGAGGCUGGGCCUUGCCUGAAACUGGGGGCACUGAACAGGCGCCCUGGUUCAGCUUGAAGAUCUUCCCGAAGGAUGCUCCUUGGCUUUUCAAGGAAGAUGGAAGUUCCCAAUGGGCUUCCACCGCGGCGGAGUUCCUUGGAACCAUGGCAGCUCUGAAAGCGUUCGGCUGGCUUGAGGCUGGUGAGCAAGGUAGAGAUUGGACAACCCUGAUCUAUGCUGGCACCGACAAUCGUUCCAAUCCGCAAGCGCUUAAGAAGGGUGGCUCGGUCAGCUGGUCCCUCAUGGGCUUGAUGAUGCAGAUGGCCGAUGUCUUGAUCGACACUGGUGGCAAGCUUCGGCUGCAUUGGCGGCCUCGUGAGGAGAACCAAGAGGCGGACAACUUAACUAAUGAAGCUUUCGAUGGGUUUGAUACUAGCAGGCGGGUUGCUUUGGAGUUGGGGGAUUUGCCACUUGAGCUUUUCCUUUCCUUGCAGAAUGCCUAUGCUGACUUUGAUCAAAAGCGUAAGGAUUUUAAGAUGGUGAAUCCUGUCAAGACGCGCACAUGA